AUGUAUACCCUGGAGGAAGUGCAACAACACAAUAAGCCAGACGAUGUCUGGAUUAUUGUUCACAACAAAAUCUACGAUGUCACCACAUACCUUGAAGACCACCCUGGUGGCAGUGCCAUCUUGAUCCAGGUCGCUGGCACAGAUGCUACUGAAGCAUUCGAAGAGAUUGGUCACUCUGAUGAGGCCCGCGAGGAGUUGGCCCAAUAUCUUGUUGGUGACUUGCCCACUGAGGAACAUGCCGAGUCCAUCGAAAUCUACCGUCCAAACUUUGAACAAGUCGCACAAACCGCUGUCAUUGAGGUCAAGAAGCCUGCGUCCAGUCUUGCCCGCUCUGUGGCCUUCUCUCUGGUCAAACUCGGUCUGACUGGUGCAUUGGGAGGAGUGGCUUUCACUGGUUAUACCAACGGAUGGGGACAAUUCGCACCUAUCUUCAAGAAGCUGUCGGAGAAUGCUUCGGCCCUUCUGUUCAAACGCCCCAACUCCUCUGGCCAGUUCUGGUCCGGCUUUGGUAUCGCCACUGUCGCCCAGUUUACCCUGACCUGCGGAUUGGCCGUGUGGGUUUCGCACAAGCUUGAUGUUCAAGAAGAUUUCACCCACCACGUGCCUCACCGCACCUCUCGCGGUGACAGGCUCAUCUUCCGCAAGAAGAUGGCAUCCACCACUGCUAAGAAGGUCCCCACCAAGGCCAUCGCCCAGCCCCCUCUCGACCCGCGCCAGUUCCGAAGCUUCCCUCUCACCCACAAGGAAGUCGUCUCCCCCAAUGUCUACCGCUUCAUUUUCGGCCUGCCCAACUCAAAUGAUAUUCUCGGUCUCCCCACCGGCCAGCACAUUGCCCUGCGCGCCACUAUCAACGGAAAGAGCGUGUCUCGUUCCUACACCCCCGUCUCUAACAACACCGACCUGGGCCGCAUCGAGCUGCUGGUUAAGGUCUACCCCCAGGGUCAAAUGACCAAGCACCUCGAGCAAAUGCAAAUCGGCGACACUAUCGAGAUCCGUGGCCCCAAGGGCGCCAUGCAAUACACCACAUCUUAUGCGAACCACAUCGGCAUGAUCGCUGGUGGUACCGGUAUCACCCCCAUGUACCAGCUCAUCCGUGCUAUCUGUGAUGACAAGUCCGAUACCACUAAGAUGAGCUUGCUGUACGCUAAUAAUACCGAGGAGGAUAUCUUGCUGCGCAAGGAGCUCGAUACCUUUGCCCGUGAAAACCCCGACAAGUUCUCUGUCCAGUACGUGCUUUCACAGGCUGGCGAGGACUGGACUGGUCACCGCGGCUUUAUCUCUCAGGAUCUGAUCCAGACUUACUUGCCGGCUGCCGAUGCUGACAAUAAGGCGCUGCUGUGCGGCCCCCCGCCUAUGAUUAACGCCAUGAAGAAGACUCUUUCUGUGCUGGGCUGGAAGGAUCCCAGCGCUGUUUCCAAGUCCACUGAUCAGGUCUUCCUGUUCUAA